AUGUCACCUCAGAUGCGUCCACAAGGUAAUUUACACUGCACGCCCUAUGCGUUACCACUGCUGCUCUUGAUUCUACUGUCUGAGCUUUGGAUUUUCCUACACGCUGCAUCCACAGCUCAUGCUGAGAAAAUGAGUGAUGAAACAGAAGCAGUGAAACUACUCUCACUUCUGGAGAUACCUUCUCAAAUACCUGAGAAGCUGAUGCUUGCUCUGAAUGCAGGGAUUAACGCUUCACUCUGGUCUUACAACUAUCAAGUGGCCGACGGUAGGAAAAUUAAAAUUAUUUUACCCUCAACAGCAAAUAAAAACAUUACACAGAUCAUUAACAGUACCCUUACGAAGCACAACGAUUUGCUUGCCGUCCUGGGUCCACUGGGAGACCAUAACACGCUUAACGCUCUACCUAUCCUCGAUAAAAAUAGCUUAGUUGCAUUUGCACCAUUUACCGUAUCUGCUCAAGUGCGAGUAUGGGAUCCUUACUUGUACUUUUUGCGUCCAGAACCUAAUGCUGAGCUGCUUACACUUAUCCGAUACGCCUUGAACUAUCUCCGUGUACGACGACUGGGUUUCAUGUACCUAAAGAACUUUAUCUCAGGUUAUGUAGAGUACAGACGAGCAACAAAAGUAAUCUCACAAUUGGGUUAUAGUCUGUGCGGGGUUUUCGCUGUAAAAAAGUCCACUAGCAAUAUUGAUAAUGAAAAUUUUAAUAAAGAAUGGGAAACAUUUGCGCAGACUCGCCCACAGGCUGUGAUUGUGUUCGGUGCACCUAUUAAAGACACUGAGAAGUUCAUAAUGCGGAUGCUGACGGACAAGCGUACUGCUGGUGCCUACCUACUGGGUCCCUUUGCUGUGCAGCAGACGCUGCUGAGAGUGUGGCGCGAGGCAGUAAAUGCAGGUGUUCCGUUUGUACGUGGUCAAGUGAUCACGACGGGAACAAACCCACUCGCGAAGGACACACAGUACGCUGCGAUCAAGCGCUUCCAGACCGUAAUGGGAAAGUACCUGAAGGAGAGCGGUCAGACAAUCUUUAAUGAUACCCAACACUUCCUCAAUAAUGACGAAGACGGUGAGAUGAUGGUUUCUGGGUGGAUUUCUGGUGAGGUGCUCAUGCAAGCAAUGAAUACCCGUGAAUGGUUGAAGGACAGGGCAUCGUUCGUCAAAUCACUCUUCAACCAGCGCCGGUAUUUGAUUGAUGACCUUGUGAUUGGUGAG